UCCAAAUUUGUCGCAACAGUUUGGAGAAGAACCUUGUAUGGGUGUGAUGAUCAGGUCAGGUGUCCAGGUGAAUGGGAAAGUUCAAACCUUCCGGGUCACUAUGUGGCGCUGUGACAUAUAAACUACGUGAGAACGCGCGUCACUCUCCAUAUAAGGAAAGAGACAAAGAAGAAGAACUUCGGUAGCCAUUACGAGUUUUUUUUUCCCCCUCCUCUGGUGUCGCUGUCUGUUUUCGUUUUCUGCUUUUCAUUCGUUUAACCUCAGACUGUCUGUUUUUGCAAUAGUGUCGUCUAUCCUAAUGAGGGAGCUUCGUCCCUCACUGGCACUGGGAGAUGGUGCUGUUAAAUAUUUCUGACCAGCCACCUCUGGUCCAGGCCGUAUUUAAUCGGAAUACAGAUGAAGUUCAGUUAUAUUUGCACAAGAAAGAUGAAGUCAAUGCACUGGACCAGGAGCGACGCACGCCUCUGCACGCUGCCGCUUGGUUGGGAGACGUCCAUAUCAUGGACCUCCUCAUCACUGCAGGUGCGAACGUUAAUGCAAAGGACCACAUGUGGCUGACGCCGUUACACCGAGCAGCGGCCUCCAGGAACGAGAGGGCAGUGGGGCUGUUGUUGCGAAAAGGGGCCGACGUGACGGCGAGGGAUAAGUACUGGCAGACGGCAUUGCACGUCGCUUCAGCAAACCGAGCCAUGCGCUGCACUGAAACUCUGCUGUCCCACAUCAGCAGUGUGAACAUGGCCGACCGCACGGGCAGAUCCGCCCUCCACCACGCCGCCCAGAGCGGCUGCCACGAGAUGGUUAAAUUGCUGCUGAACAGAGGGGCCAAUCUGAGUGCCAGUGAUAAGAAGGAGAGGCAGCCCAUCCACUGGGCAGCGUACCUCGGUCAUCUGGACGUGGUGAAGUUACUGGUGUCUCAAGGUUCAGAUAAAAGCUGUAAGGACAAGCGAGGCUACACUCCUCUGCACGCCGCCGCCGCCAGUGGACACGUCGACGUGGUCAAGUACUUGUUACGCAGCGGAGCGGAGAUCGAUGAGCCCAACGCGUUUGGAAACACUGCUCUACAUGUAGCCUGUUAUAUGGGGCAGGAAGCUGUCGCUAAUGAGCUGGUUAACCGCGGCGCUAACGUUAACCAGCCCAAUCAGCGAGGCUUCAGCCCCCUGCACCUGGCUGCCGUGUCCACCAACGGCGCCCUCUGUCUGGAGCUGCUGGUCAACAACGGGGCGGACGUCAACAUGCAGAGCAAAGAAGGCAAGAGCCCCCUCCACAUGGCAGCCAUCCACGGACGCUUCACUCGCUCCCAGAUUCUCAUUCAGAACGGUGGGGAAAUAGACUGUGUGGACAGAUAUGGCAAUACUCCUCUUCAUGUUGCUGCUAUGUAUGGCCAUGAGCUGCUCAUCAGCACCUUAAUGACUAAUGGUGCUGAUACAGCCAGGCAAGGGAUUCAUGGGAUGUUCCCACUGCACUUAGCCGUGCUCUACGGGUUCUCUGACUGUUGUCGCAAGCUGCUCUCCUCAGGUCAGCUGUACAGCAUCGUGCUGUCGAUGAGCAAAGAGCACGUGCUCUCGGCCGGCUUCGACAUCAACACUCCGGACGAGUACGGGAGAACCUGCUUACACGCUGCUGCCUCUGGAGGAAACACUGAAUGUCUGAACCUGUUGUUGAGCAGUGGCGCAGACAUGAAUAAGAAAGACAAGUUUGGGAGGACCCCUUUGCACUAUGCGGCUGCUAACAGGAGGUAUCAGUGUGUGGUGAUUCUAGUGGGAGCAGGAGCCGAGGUCAACGAGCCCGACCAAACCGGCUGCACACCUUUACACUACUCAGCUGCUUCCACAGCUUUCUGCAGGGUGGAUAGAGGUCAGCAGAGUCCGGAGGAUGGAGAGAAGGAGUCAUUCAUGUGUGUGGAGUAUUUGCUGGAUAACGGAGCAGACCCAUGCCUGUGCAACUCGAAAGGAUACAGCGCUGUCCACUACGCGGCCGCCCACGGCAACAAGCAGAGCCUCGAGCUGCUUUUGGUGAUGUCCUACAAUAUAUCAGGAGACGCAGAAAGCACUGGACCUGUCAGUCCCUUACACUUAGCAGCGGAGGCAGGACACUGGGAGUGUGUGAGCGUGUUGGUCGAGUCGGGCGUGUGUGUGGAUGUGUGCGACUCGGCGGGAUGCUCCGUGCUCUACGUGGCCUCUCAGAAGGGACACAGUCGCUGUGUGGAGCUGCUGCUCAGCCAAUCAGCAUCCUGCCUGCUCACGGAGCGCAGUGAUAAGUGGAGUCCUCUCCAUGUCGCAGCUGCCAAUGGACACACAGACUGUCUGCAGAUGCUGCUCUCCAGCGAGGAGGGCACUGACCUUCCAAAUGUCUCGGACACCGAGGGACAAACUCCUCUCAUGCUGGCUGUACUGGGGGGUCACACCGACUGCGUCCUCCUUCUGCUGGAGAGAGGGGCGUGUCCUGAUUCGAGGGACAGGAAAGGAAGGACGGCAAUGCACAGAGCGGCAAUGCUCGGCUGGGAGGACUGCGUGACGGCGCUCCUGUCCCAGAAUACCGCAGUCCUGACUAAAGAUGUUCAGGUCUGCACUGCACUCCACCUGGCUGCUUCCUGUGGCCACGCUGAGAUCCUGUCCAGAUUGUUGUCUGCUGCUGACCACACCUUCCCGCACCAUCCAAUCACUGACUGCCACGGCUUCACCCCCACACACUGGGCAGCCUAUCACGGUCAUGAAGACUGUUUGGAAGUUUUACUUGAAAUGAAACCAUGUAUUAUCGAGGAGGGAAACCCCUUCACCCCACUGCACUGUGCUCUAAUUAAUGGCCAUGGUGGUUCUGCAGAAAUUCUCUUGAACUCCAGUUUUGGCCCGUCACUGGUCAAUGCCAGGGAUGCAAAGGGAAGGACUCCACUCCACGCUGCGUCCGUCGCCGAGGACCUCUCUGGGCUGCUCCUGAUUCUGCGCAUGGGGGCCGACAUCAAUGCCGUGGACCACUCGGGACGCUCGGCGCUCAUGGUGGCUGCCGACAAGGGCAAGAGCGGCGCCGUAGCCCUGCUGCUGCAUCGAGCCAAUGCAGAUCUGUCCAUUCUAGAUGUGAACAGAAACACCGCCCUGCAUCUGGCCUGCAGCAAGGCUCAUGAGAUGUGUGCCAUGCUGAUCUUGAAAGAGAUCCACAACCCGAUUCUCAUCAACGCAACCAACAGCAUGCUUCAAAUGCCUCUUCACAUCGCAGCCAGGAACGGUCUGGCCACCGUAGUUCAGGCUUUGCUGAAUCGUGGAGCCACAGUGCUGGCAGUGGAUGAGGAGGGUCAUACCCCUGCCCUGGCAUGCGCCCCCAACAAAGCCGUGGCCGACUGCCUCGCUCUCAUCCUCUCAACCAUGAAGCCUUCUUCCUCCAGCACCCCCUCUUCCUCUCCCUCCUCCCCCAGGCUCAACCUGCUCAAGCAUUGCGGCAUCACAGCCGCUUGCCCCCCUUUGCCCAACGGAGGCCUUCGCCACACCUACGGCAAAGAUCGUCACGGCGCCGCCUUCGGAUUGGACGGCUGUCUGACCGAGUGAGCCGAUCUGCAUCCUAGAGCCCUUGCGACGUAUAACACACACACAAUAACACGUCUGUGUGUAUGGAUGCUCAGUUUGAUCUUCUCUUUAUCUCUCUCUCUUUCUUUCUGUCUCUCUCUCUCUCGCUGUCCUAUGUGUCUGUUCGUCUUUCUUUCUUCCUUUCUUUCUUUCUAGACACCUAGUCAAAAAAAAGAUAUGCAAUUACAGCCACACAACCCUCC